UUUCCGUGGAAGACGCGGCACCGGUCGGCCGUAGGAUGGAGUACGUGUUUGACGUGUUCUUCGACGAGUGCUUCGCCAAGAUGGCCCGGAGCGGCCUAAUGUCGCGGGCGCGCCGACGGGACACCAUCAACCACCUGAACUCCGUCAUCGCCGGGUGCAUCGGUGGGCGACGGACCGCCUCGACGCAGCUGGCGGUCGGGCUGGCCGUGCGGUCCGCCAUCGACUACCACCGGCGGUACCGGAGCGAGAACUACGAGGUCUGCCUGAUGGGCAAGUACCACAACGUGCUGUACAUUGCGCUGCGCAUCGCCUGGGACUGGGGCCUGGAGGAUUCGGGCAUCGUGCGCGAGCUGCUCGCGGAGAUCUAUCGGUGCGAACGGACCUUCGAGCGGUUGUUUUUGGGUGCCCUGUUUGGCAGCAACGCACCGCACUUCAUCGCCGGCUGGAAGAGUGACUUCCGCGAUCAGGACGAAAACUUGCGGGCGCUGGUCUUCUUCCUGCACCACUCGGCGGCCGUGCGAACGACGUUUCCGGCCUACUCGUACACCUAUCAGCGACUCCGGGAGACCAAGUUCAUCGACGUACCGAUCGAGUCGUGCGGCAAGGCCGCCCCACUGCGCGUCGCACUGCAAGCCUCGGCCCCGGACGUGGUGUUGAUCCUGCUGCGCCACGGUGCAAACCCGUACCCGGACGAUGGUGGCCAGAGCCCGGUGCUCAGCCUGCUGGACAAGCUGGCCGAGUACGGAAGCCGCUCGUACCCGUACCAGCUCGUGUCCUGUCUCGGACUGCUGCUGCGCUGUUCCACCCGCAUCGAGCUGCCCUACCAGCCGUACCUGUACGCCGUGCGCCGGGCGAUGUUCGAAACCAAGUACGGGCUCCUGCUAGCGGACGGGCUGGUACCGCGCGAGCUACUGUACGGCGUGCCGAGCCUGCGGCAGCUCUGCCGCUGCGCGAUCCGCGAGGUGCUGCGCGACAACUUCCAGCUGCCCCGGGGCACGCUGAAGCUCCCGUUACCACGCCCGGUACAGAAAUACAUUGACUUGCUCGACUGAGAC